GCCCGGAGGGGCCGGGAAUGGCCCGAGCGGAGGCUGCUUAGACUUGCUUUGCGCUCCACCCCGCGCGCGGCUGUGUUGCAGGGCCUGGGAGGCUCGCAGCGAUCCCGAGAUGGCCGGGCAGACGGACAGCGCUGUGAAGUACUACACCCUGGAAGAGAUUCAGAAGCACAAAGAUAGCAGGAGCACCUGGGUGAUUCUGCAUCACAAGGUGUACGACCUCACCAAGUUUCUGGAAGAGCAUCCUGGUGGGGAAGAAGUCCUAAGGGAACAAGCUGGGGGUGAUGCUACUGAGAACUUUGAGGAUGUUGGACACUCUACUGAUGCAAGAGAACUGUCUAAAACAUACAUCAUUGGGGAGCUCCAUCCAGAUGAUAGAUCAAAGCUAGCCAAGCCUUCGGAAACUCUCAUUACUACUGUUGAGUCUAAUUCCAGUUGGUGGACCAACUGGGUGAUUCCAGCCAUCUCUGCCCUGGCCGUGGCCCUGAUGUACCGCAUCUACAUGGCAGAAGACUGACUGCCUCUCUGAAGCCAAGGAAAGAAAAGACUUCCCUGGACACGGGAAAAAAGAAGCCAGUGUUAAUCACUUCCACUGAGAGAAACCUUCACCUGAGAAAAUAAUUGUAAUAUAUCUGUUUCCCUCUCCUCCUAUAUUAGGAAACUAAAGAAAAAAAAAAAAAAAAAAAAAGAACUCUUUCUACCCUUAAACUUUUCAAAUGUGCCUUUUUCGUCAUCAGUUUUAUUUUGAUGUUUCUUCACUACAUAAUUUACUUAUUGUAAGCAUGAUCUUUUAAAAAUAUAUCUGGCUUUUAAAAUACA